AACAGAAAUGCAGUUGAGACCGCUCGCGAGCCCUGCAGUCGGUGCUGGCAUCUUUUAUUAGUCCUCCUUCAUAACGCCCAUUUCAGGUCUCCCAACACACACUCUCUCUGGCUUCUUUCGAUCAAAGGGUAUCCGACUUGGAAUUUUGAUAGAUUCCUAACAAUAAGCUGCACUUGAUCUUCACGAGGUUGGAGGCUAUGGAGAUUUGUUGGGAUUUUAUGGAAUGGUUAGGGCCGGACGCGUCUUCCUCGGUGCUCAUUCUUCUCGAUGACCCCGCGGAUCUCAUGCGCGUCAGCGCUGUUUCCCGAUCAUGGCGUAGGUUGGUUAUAGCAAACCGUUUUUGCAGAAGCCUAUGCUUCAGAAUCUGCCCUGAGGUAUCAAAUCUUACACGUGUAGUGGAAGCAUGCUCUGCCCUAAUUUUGGAAGCUGGCUCCAGUUCUUGUGAAGAAUGGAAGAACUUAGAAAGAGAGCAUAGAGUGUAUUCCUAUUUAGGCCACUCCAUUGCUUCAGUAAUUAAAAAAAGAGAUUGCAUUUUUAAGGCAAUUCGUGCUUCCAGCACUGAUAACUUUCCAGCUGAGCGCAUAGAUCAUACAUUAGUGCCAAGCAAUCAGGUGGACAGGAGACCCUCCUAUUGGUCAAGUGAGGGACGAAGUGAUCCCGAAGUGCCCGAGACAUUAACAUACAGGUUGUGUUCCAAGUUAUGUGUUGUUAAUGAAAUAAUUAUACAACCUUUUGAAGCUUACUUUCAGCCUGAAAAUCCCAUAUAUUCAGCAAAAGCUGUUCGAUUUCGGAUGGGUCAUUCUCGGAUACCACUUGAAACUUCUACUGGGAUAGAAUGUGAAGUUUCUGCUGGUGAUAACUAUGAGUGGACAUAUAUUUCACCAAAAUUUCCCAUGUUGCAGGAUAAUAACUUUCAAUCUUUCAAGCUUCCACGCCCGGCACUUUGUAUUGGUGGAAUUCUACAAAUUGAGUUGUUGGGCAGGGUUCAAGUACAAGAGCUGGAUGGCUUAUACUAUAUAUGUAUAUGCCACGUCGAAGCACGCGGCCACUCUCUUAAUCCACGCUUAGAUGUUGAUUUUGUCGGAGAUGGCCGCGAAAUGGUGCUUAGAUGGCAACUGGAAGAUGAGGACUGCUCUCCAGAAGAUGACUUCUCUGCAGAUGAUGCAGAGGCUCAGGCAUCCUCAGCUUGGGAUUUCUCAGUGAGCGAGCUGGCGUGGCCCCUCCCCAUUCUGAUUGGUGCAGCUGAAAGCGACUCAGAUGAUGAGCUACUGCUAUAGAAUGCUUACUGUAUGUGUUGCUUCUUGCCAAUGUUUGAUGAUGCAUGGUGCUCUUUUUGGUUAAUGAUCAUUUCCGCCCGGUUCCAAAUGCUAAAUGGUGUUUUACGUUUUUCCGGCCAUCCAAUAAUACAUACAUAGUUAUUAAUAGUUUACAGUUGUAGUACAUAAAGAUCUGUCUCUUUGCUCUAUCUGAAGCGUAUAUGAAGACAGGCGAGUUUUCAACAUGUGGACAUUGGCAUUGUAUUUUGUGUCUAUAUGUGUAUGUAAUAUUGCUUGGUAUUGGAAGUCAAAUGAAUAUACAUGCUGUCCUUAGAAAUAUAAUUUA